AAACAAAUUGGGGUCCUUUCUUGCGAGAGGCUAGCUGUCGAAACGGUGUUACGAGUCACAUUGUUUUACACAAGUGUGGUAAAUUAACAAAAAUAACACCAAUAUAUGUCUAUUAGAUUGUUUUGGGGAUGUUGAUAAAAUCGAAGUUCCCUUUGGUUUGGUCAUUUACGCCCUAACUAUCCCAGUAGUUUGGUUUUAUAACGUCGAAGGGUGUGUUUCUUUUCGCUCGCCGUCAACACAGCAGUAGCGUUAGCAAAGCAACCAAGCUAACGUUCUCAAACCCACGUAACGGCAAUUCUGCUAUUUAGCUAGCCAAACAAAAUAAGAGGGAGGCGUUGAUGAGCAGUAAUGUCUGGCAUCGCUCUUAGCAGACUGUCCCAGGAGCGCAAAGCCUGGAGGAAAGACCAUCCAUUUGGUUUUGUUGCUGUGCCCACGAAGAAUCCCGAUGGGACCAUGAAUCUGAUGAACUGGGAGUGUGCCAUUCCUGGGAAGAAAGGAACCUUGUGGGAGGGAGGACUGUACAAACUCAGAAUGCUUUUCAAAGAUGACUACCCUUCCUCACCACCCAAAUGCAAGUUUGAGCCACCAAUAUUCCACCCAAAUGUCUACCCAUCUGGCACAGUGUGUCUGUCCAUCUUGGAGGAGGACAAAGACUGGAGGCCUGCCAUCACCAUCAAACAGAUCCUGUUGGGUAUCCAGGAGCUGCUGAAUGAGCCCAACAUUCAAGAUCCAGCACAAGCAGAGGCGUACACAAUUUACUGUCAGAACAGGAUGGACUAUGAGAAGCGGGUAAGGGCACAGGCCAAGAAGUUUGCCCCCACAUAGAGAGGAGAGCGGGCCUCUUUCCCGCCUGAGCAGCCUGGACUGCUGGAGGUUACAAACAGGAGGCAGGCAGCACCUGAUGGACCACUCCAAUAAGAAUCCAGUUUUGAGUAUUACUAUUACACAAGUGACAAGAGAGUUUGUUACUUCUUGUUUUUUG